AUGCAAACUGCCAAUUCUACGACCUCAUACGGCUCGAAUGUGCCGCUGAGUGCUCGACGGGCAGCGCCCUUGGACCUGUCGACCGUCGAACGCCGCGACCAGAUCCCAGCUACGAGAGAUCCCCCCAAACGCAACAGGCCUCAUGAUUUACAGGAGGCUCCCACCUUCUAUCCGACCGAGGAGGAGUUCAAGGAUCCCAUGGCCUAUAUUCGAAAGAUCUCGCCUGAAGGAAGGAAAUAUGGCAUCUGCAAAGUCGUUCCUCCAGAGACCUGGAAUCCAGGCUUUGCUAUCGACACGGAGCGGUUCCAUUUCCGAACUCGUCGACAAGAGCUUAACUCUGUUGAAGGAGGUAUGCACGCGUCUUUCCUGUCCCAAGUCAACGGCUCUCGCGACAGCCAUCCUGACUGCCAUCUAGGUACCCGAGCGAACCUCAACUAUCUCGACCAAUUGACAAAAUUUCACAAGCAGCACGGCACAAGUCUAACCCGUUUUCCCAGCGUCGACAAACGACCCCUCGAUCUAUACAAGCUGAAAAAGGCAGUGGAAAUACGAGGUGGCUUCGAACAGGUUUGUAAGUUGAAGAAAUGGGCAGAGAUCGGGCGCGAUCUUGGCUACAGCGGUAAAAUCAUGUCGUCACUAUCUACCUCUCUCAAGAACUCGUACCAGCGAUGGCUGCAGCCGUACGAAGAGUACCUACUUGUCGCAAAACCAGGAGUACAGCAUCAACUGGAAGUUGAGAACGGUGGGCCAUUCACACCGUCCCCGAACCAGUCGCCAGCAGAAAAGAAGAAACGCCAGAUGCAGAAUGGUCAUCGGCAGUCGGACGUGGGUGUCGAGGAUAGCUCUUCCACGCGAAGAGCGUCUGCAGCUCUCAACGCCUCGCUCGUCGACAGUGAUGAGGGCAACGGGAAUUCAACCGGUACUCCUCGCGAAGCAACGCCGGUACACGUACAGCAACCUAUGACGUUGGGAUUCACAGCCGUCAACUCCAGGCCAAGCGGGUUUGCUGCGAUAAACACGCCUUCGUCAUUCACGGCUGUCAACAGAGCUGUCUCCGAGGUGAAACGAGAAGCAGACGAGGUAGUAGGAAAUUCGACACCACAUUCACACUCUAACUCUAUUCCAAUUUCCGCGAAGCCUUCUCCUGAUCAGAAACGGGCGAAGUCUAACUCCACUCCCCUUACAAAUGGUCACGACGAGCAUUCCUUGAAGCGCGUGCAUAGCAGUGACGGUCAUUCGCACGGUGAUAACGACGACUCGGAAGAAGGAGGAAAUGGCCGACGAAGUAAGCGUCUGAAGAAGGAUGGCGUGCCGACUAUUGCCGGGUCUAAUAUGAGCUUACUACGACCGUCCCCUUCACAGCCAAAAGCCAAAACCGGGACCUGUAAAACUGGAGAUCGAUGUGAAAGCUGUGGAAAGAGUGACAACCAGCCAUCCAUUCUCGCCUGUGAUGGAUGCGACAUCGGCUACCAUAUGCAAUGUCUUGAUCCGCCCCUGACAACAAUACCUGACUACGAUUGGCAUUGCCCCAAAUGCCUUGUAGGAACCGGAGAAUAUGGGUUUGAAGAAGGUGGUAUAUACUCUCUUAAGCAAUUUCAAGAGAAGGCGAAUCACUUUAAGAAAAACUAUUUCGGCUCCAAGUUGGCUGUCAAUACCAGCUCUGCGCCAAACGCCCAACUCUACGAAGCAGAAGAUAACGUGGAACGCGAAUUCUGGCGACUUGUUGAGAGUUUGACUGAGACCGUGGAAGUCGAAUAUGGAGCUGAUAUCCACUCGACAACGCACGGAAGUGGUUUCCCUACCGUCGAAAGGAACCCUCUUGACCCUCAUGCUACCGAUCCGUGGAAUUUAAACGUCCUCCCAUUACACCCAGAAUCGCUAUUCCGACACAUCAAGUCUGAUGUAUCAGGCAUGACGGUGCCAUGGGUAUAUGUAGGAAUGUGCUUCUCGACGUUUUGCUGGCAUAACGAAGACCACUACGCUUAUUCGGCUAACUACCAACAUUUCGGAUCUACCAAGACCUGGUAUGGCAUUCCUGGUGCUGAUGCGGAAGCGUUCGAAGAGGCGAUGCGCCAGGCUGUCCCAGAGCUAUUUGAGACACAGCCUGAUCUUUUGUUCCAACUGGUCACUUUACUCCCACCAAAUCAAUUGAAGAAAGCCGGAGUCAACGUUUACGCCUUGGACCAGAGAGCCGGACAAUUCGUCAUAACGUAUCCACAAGCCUACCAUGCUGGGUUCAAUCAUGGGUUCAAUUGUAAUGAGGCAGUGAACUUUGCUCCAAGCGAGUGGGAGCCAUUUGGCCAAUCUGGUGUUGACCGAUUACAGGCAUUCAGACGGCAACCUUGCUUCUCUCACGACGAAAUGUUGCUUACAGCUGCUGGAAGAGAUACAUCGAUAACUACAGCAAAAUGGCUGGGGAAGGCAUUGCGACGUAUGUGCGAUCGCGAACUCGAACAAAGGGCAAACCUCCUUUUGCGGUCUCGAGAGCUUGAAAAUGGGAACGGUACUCACAAUGGUGACCAAGGCAGCAAGCCUGCAACUUCUUCUGCGCUGAAUAUCACCGUGGAAGAAACGGACCUUCUGGAAGACGAGUACCAGUGUAGCUAUUGCAAAGUAUACAGCUACCUCUCGCUAUUCAGGUGUCAUAAAUCGGGGAAACAGCUUUGUCUAAUGCAUGCUGGAACAACCGAGUGCUGUGGCGGCGAUCCAGCACUUUGUCUACGCGGAACCGAUCAUUCAAUCCGAUAUCGACUGUCUGAUGAAGAUUUGCAGAAAUGCGUACAGAAGGUGGAGGACCGCGCCAAGAUUCCUGAAGCGUGGGCGGAGAGGCUGGACAGAAUCCUCGAGGAUGAGCCAAAACCAUCUUUGAAAUCUCUCCACGCUCUUCUCUCGGAGGGCGAGAAGAUACCAUAUCAUCUCCCGGGGCUACAGGAUCUUGCUGCCUUCGUACAGCGGUGCGAUAAGUGGGUUGAGGAAGCGAACAAUUACUUAACUCGCAAGCAACAGAAUCGACGCAAGAACGAAAAAAUCUGGAGAAAGGGAAACCCAGCGAAAGCUGCACAGAUGGAAGAACGAGACCGUGAACUACGUAGUAUCGAGAAAAUCCACAGCCUUCUAUCAGAGGCAGACCGUCUAUCGUUCGACUGCCCUCAGAUAACAGCUCUGCACGAAAAAGUCCAGGAGAUCGAGAGGUUCCAGAGAGAGGCACAAGCUGUGUUUCUUAGCUCGCACACCGCGUCCGCCCAAGCUGUCGAAGAGUUAGUGGAACUUGGUCGCAACUUCAGUCUUGAUAUCCCAGAGGUAGACAAGUUGGAACGCGUCUUACAGCAAAUGAAAUGGAACGAUGACGCACGACGUCGACGUGAUCAGUACCAAACGUUAGAGGAUUGCGCCGAUUUCAUCAAGCAAGCCGAGGAAUUGAACAUAUCCGAGGCUAACAACCAUCUACUACAUUUCCGUGAGAUGUACUGCAGUGGAGUGGCAUGGGAAGCAAAGGCAAAGGAACUUAUGUCUGUCGAGGCCGUCCACUACCAACAACUCGAAGCGCUUUCUGCCCAAGCAGCUCGAUUCCCCGUCUCCCCAGAGACACUCGCUUCGGUUGACGCUAUCCUGACAAAGCAACGCGAGGCUCAAAAGCAGAUAUCUAGCCUUUAUGAAAAGAGCAAAUGUACUGAUUUCCGAAAUCGUCCGCAUUACCGUGAUGUACGAGAUUUGAUGGAGUCAUUGGUACAGUUGAACAGCAAACCGAAUGGCACAAUAGACCUAGAACGUGAGCAGAAGCGCCAUGAAGACUGGAUGAGGAAGGGGAAAAAGCUGUUUGGCAAAGCCAAUGCGCCUUUGCACAUUCUCAAGAUGCACAUGCAGUAUGUUGAGAAAAGAAACUCGUAUUGCUUUGAUCUCGAGGAUCGGUUCCGCCCACCCGUUGAACCAGCAUCUCGAGAGGCCAGUCCUGAUGGUUCUGGGGAAUCUCAGCCAUGGGCUGGGAGCAGGUCGAGGAAGAAGGACGUUUUCUGCAUCUGCAGACAACAAGAGUCUGGUCUAAUGAUCGAAUGCGAAGUCUGUCAUGAAUGGUACCAUGGCAAGUGUCUUAAGAUUGCCCGUGGUAAAGUCAAAGAAUACGAUAGCUACACCUGUCCUAUCUGUGACUGGCGGGUUAAAAUACCCCGUGAUGCUGCCCGACCCAAGCUGGAAGACCUACUCGAUUGGCAAGCAGAGCUUGCCGAUCUCCCAUUCCAACCCGAAGAGGAACAGGUCCUGAUGUCCAUCAUCGAUCAAGCAUCAUCAUUCCGGGAAUUUUUGCGCCCCUUUACAAACCCCGCCUGCAUGACCGCCGAAGAGGUCCCUACUCAGAUCUUCUACCUCCGUAAAAUUGAAGGGGCAGAAGUUCUACUUGCCUACGAAACGAACUAUUUCCGCCAGGAAGUUCAUAAAUGGUCCCCAGUGGCGCCUGAACCACCACCAAUUCUGGAACAGUCGUUAUCAACGCGUAAACCACGACCGACAAAGCAGCAAAAGAUUAUGGCUCAGCUCGGCAUUGAGAAACCGGAGGAUAUCCCCCUCCAUCUCCGUACCAAACACCACAUCUUCCCCGCGAAGCGAAAGUCCACUGAGCCCCAAAAUGGCCGGCCACCACCUCUACAGCCAGCUCCGUCAAACCGCUCAAAUACACCCGUGGAUGACCCAAGGUCUGUCUCGGUUGGCACCGAUCAAAUUCCAUCGACUCUCGCCACGACUCAAGCUCCUCAGACCCCUGCCUCCUAUCCAUUCGGCCACCCAUUCCAGCUUUCCUCCGGCGAACAAAACACAACGUUUGGAAGUGGCUCCGGCCCCUUCCUAGCCCAAGACAAUGGCGACCAGUCACCGUCGUUCUCGCCAGGAUCGCCUGCUGCUCGACACGCUGGGCUUGACCCGUCAUUCUUCAGCCCUCCAAGCUUCGAACGGAACCACCAGCUACCUCCGGGCUCAGAGUCAGAAAAUAUGAAAGGCACCGCGGGAGUUGGCGUGGAUGUAGAUGUUGAUGCACAUAAUCCAUUCGGAAGCAGCCCUCGUGCAAAUAUGGAUGAUCUAUUCGCCGAUCUCACAAACCAUGAUACCGAAGCCGAGCAUGUCGAAGAGAUUAGCCAUGCAAACGAAGCCCUAGAGGCACUCAAGAGCGCUCAAGCCUGCGGUUCCCGCACGGGUUCUGUAUCCGAAUCUGGAAAUAACGGCUCUAACGGGGACCCUGAUCUUCUCGAGAAUGCUAGCCACAAUGAUGACAACGAGCAUGAAAAUGGCGGUGGCCUAGGCGAAGAAUAUUAA